AUGAAGGAGGAGCACGAUACCGCCAUCGGCGCCUCGACGGGCCACGAUGUCGACAUCGAGUCCAAGGGCGGCUCUGACCGCUUCGACACCACCAACACGGCCGACGUGAACCACGGCCAGACGCGCAUGCUCGCCCCCGACGGCACCCAGGACCUCCUGCACUCCCAGGACCAGCUGCAGCGCGGCCUCAAGAGUCGGCAUAUCCAGUUCCUCGCUCUCGGCGGAGCCAUCGGCACCGGUCUCUUUGUCGGCUCCGGCCGCAUCCUCAACCUCGUCGGCCCCGCCCCGCUCUUCAUGGGCUACCUGUCCAUGAUGCUGCUCGUCUGGGUCAUCAUGAACGCCCUCGGCGAGAUGGCCUCGUACCUGCCCCUCAAGGGCAUCUCCAUCCCCUACUUUGUCGACCGCUUCGUCGAGCCCUCGCUCGCCUUCGCCGCCGGCUGGAACUACUGGUACGCCUACGCCAUGCUCAUCGGCGCCGAGACCUCGGCCGGCGCCAUCCUGCUCGACUACUGGAAGACCCCCGUGCCCGCCGCCGCCUGGAUCACCAUCAUCCUGCUCGUCACGCUGGCGCUCAACAUCUUCGCCGUCAGCAUCUUUGGCGAGGCCGAGUUCUGGUUCGCGUCCAUCAAGCUCAUCACCAUCAUGGGCCUCAUCCUCGUGUCCCUCGUCAUCAUGCUCGGCGGCGGGCCCAACCACGAGCGCAUCGGCUUCCUGUACUGGUACGACCCGGGCGCCAUCACGCCCUACCUCGUCAAGGGGGACAGAAACACGGGCAACUUCCUGGCCUACUGGACGGCCUUCAUCCGCGCCGGCUUCGCCUUCAUCACGUCGCCCGAGCUCAUCGCCCUGGCCGCGGGCGAGACGGUGCACCCGCGCCGCAACAUCCCCAAGGCGGCGCGCCGCUUCGUCUGGCGCCUGGCCAUCUUCUACGGCCUCGGCAGCCUCAUGGUCGGCGUCAUCGUCAAGUCGACCGACGACCGGCUGCUCUCGCCGCAGUCCAACGCCUCGGCCUCGCCGUGGGUCAUCGGCAUCCAGCGCGCGGGCAUCGGCGGCCUCAACCACGUCAUCAACGUCGCCAUCCUCUCGUCCGCCUGGUCCGCGGGCAACGCCUUCCUCUACUCGGGCUCCCGCAUCCUGUACUCGCUCGCGCUCAACGGCCAGGCGCCCCGGCUCUUCACGCGCACGACCAAGGCGGGCGUGCCCUACGCCGCCGUGCUGGCCACCUGGGCCGUCUCGCUGCUGACGUACCUCAACGUGAGCAACAACGGCGCCACCGUCUUCGGCUGGUUCAUGAACAUCUCGACCAUCUCGGGGUACAUCGCCUGGGUCGUCGUCUGCGUCACCUUCAUCCGCUUCCGCGCCGCCAUGUCCUUCCGCGGCCUGCUGCACACGCUGCCCUUCCGCACGCCGCUGCAGCCCUACGCGGCCUACUUUGCGCUCUUCAUGCUCGUGCUGCUGACGCUGACCAACGGGUUCAACGUCUUCUUCCCGGGCCAGUGGAAGGUCGACGACUUCUUGGCCGCCUACAUCACGCUGCCCAUCUUCUUGGUCCUCUACGCGGGCCACAAGAUCUGGUUCCGGACCCCGCUGGCGCGCAAGAUACCCGACAUCGACGUCGUGACGGGCGUGCGGGAGAUGGAGGAGAUGGAGGCGCGGGACAGGGAGGCGGAGCCCGUGGCCAAGAAUUGGCUGCAGAAGGUCUGGUUCUGGAUCGCGUAG